CCUGGCAUCCCGGUAGCCGCAGCUGUCUUUUCCGGCGCUCGUUCCCCCUCCUCCCGCAGCGGACCCCUCUGGCUCUCGGGGGUCACCCCCGAGCAGCUGCGUCCUCUGGGUGGGUCCCAUAAUCCAUUGCUGGCUCCUCUACCUGCUCUCAGCCAUGGCCAGUGAAAACUCUCCUUUGCUGGCCUACCGGCUCCUGGGGGAGGAGGGGGUUGCCUUCCCUGCUAACGGGGCUGGAGGACUUGGAGGUGAAUCUGCCCGGAAGCUCUCCACCUUCCUGGGUGUGGUGGUGCCCACCGUCCUGUCCAUGUUCAGUAUAGUUGUCUUCCUGAGGAUUGGGUUCGUGGUGGGCCAUGCUGGGCUGCUGCAGGCUUUGGCCAUGCUCUUGGUUGCCUACAUCAUCCUGGCGCUCACUGUCCUCUCUGUCUGUGCCAUUGCCACCAACGGAGCUGUUCGGGGCGGUGGAGCCUACUUCAUGAUCAGCCGCACCCUGGGACCUGAGGUUGGAGGCAGCAUCGGCCUCAUGUUCUACCUGGCUAAUGUCUGUGGCUGUGCUGUCUCCCUGUUGGGGCUGGUGGAGUCCAUGCUUGAUGUCUUCGGGGCUGAUGCCACCGGGUCCAGUGGGCUCCGAGUCCUGCCCCAGGGCUACGGCUGGAGUUUGCUUUAUGGCUCCCUGCUUCUGGGCCUGGUGGGUGGGGUCUGCACGCUGGGGGCUGGCCUUUAUGCCCGUGCCUCCUUCCUCACAUUCCUGCUGGUCUCUGGUUCCCUGGCCUCAGUGCUGGUCAGCUUUGUGGCUGUGGGGCCCAGGGUCAUCCAGUUGACCCCUCGGCCUGGCCCCAAUGGCUCCUCCCUGCCACCCCAGGUUGGCCACUUCACCGGCUUCAAUAGCAGCACCCUGAAGGCCAACUUGGGCGCUGGCUACGCAAAGGACUACACCACCGGGGCCAUGAUGACCUUUGCCAGCGUUUUUGCCGUCCUUUUUAAUGGCUGCACAGGCAUCAUGGCUGGGGCCAACAUGUCUGGAGAGCUGAAGGACCCCAGCCGGGCGAUUCCUCUGGGCACCAUUGUAGCUGUUGCCUACACCUUUUUCAUCUACAUCCUGCUUUUCUUCCUCUCCAGCUUUACCUGUGACAGGACCCUGCUGCAGGAGGAUUAUGGGUUCUUUCGUGCCAUCAGCCUGUGGCCCCCACUGGUGUUGAUCGGCAUCUAUGCCACAUCCAUCUCGGCCUCCAUGAGCUCCCUUAUUGGUGCCUCCCGCAUCCUCCACGCCCUGGCCCAGGACGACCUCUUUGGAAUGAUUUUGGCACCAGCCAAGGUGGUAUCCCAAGGGGGGAACCCCUGGGGGGCCGUGCUGUAUUCAUGGGGCCUGGUGCAGCUCGUGCUCCUAGCUGGGAAGCUGAACACACUGGCUGCCGUGGUUACUGUCUUCUACUUGGUGGCCUAUGCUGCAGUGGACCUGUCCUGCCUGAGCCUGGAGUGGGCCUCGGCCCCCAACUUCCGCCCCACCUUCAGCCUGUUCUCCUGGCACACCUGCUUGCUGGGGGUAGCCUCCUGCCUACUCAUGAUGUUUCUCAUCAGCCCUGGGGCCGCAGGCGGCUCCCUGCUGCUCAUGGGCCUGCUUUGUGCCCUGCUCACAGCUCGAGGCGGCCCCAGCAGCUGGGGCUACGUCAGCCAGGCCUUGCUUUUUCACCAGGUGCGUAAAUACCUGCUUCGACUGGACGUGCGGAAGGAUCAUGUGAAAUUCUGGAGACCCCAGCUGCUGCUCCUGGUGGGGAACCCCCGGGGCGCCCUUCCUCUCCUUCGGUUGGCCAACCAGCUCAAGAAGGGAGGCCUCUAUGUGCUGGGCCACGUCAUUCUGGGAGACCUUGACUGCCUGCCCUCGGACCCUGUGCAGCCACAGUAUGGGGCGUGGCUGAGCCUUGUGGACCGGGCCCAAGUGAAAGCCUUUGUGGACCUCACCCUCUCACCCUCUGUGCGCCAGGGGGCUCAGCAUCUGCUGCGGAUCUCAGGCCUUGGUGGCAUGAAGCCCAACACGUUGGUCCUGGGUUUCUACGAUGAUGCUGUACCCCAGGAUCACUUCCUGACAGACCCGGCUUUCUCUGAGCCUGCUAAUGCACUCCAGCCCCACCCCAGGGUCAGUUUUUGCCCCGUCCCAUCUGAGCAGUGUUACCAGGCCCCCGGGGGAUUGGAGGAUCGGGGGCCGGCCUGGGUGGGGUGCCGUGGAGCACCCCAGCGCUCGCAGGGACUCCCCCCAGACAGGGGGCGGCUGCACCCAGGAAGUCUGGAUGCUGAGAUAGAUUCCCUCACUAACAUGUUGGCUGAGCUGGAUGGGGGUCGAGGUCAUGCCCCACGGCGGCCUGACCGGCAGGUUUAUGAGCCCUCUCAGCCCCCUGCCUACCGCCCUGGCUCCGGCUCCCUGAAGCCGAAUGGAGGGGGUGUUCCUCCCCCGCUGCUCCCAGCAUCCCCCUAUGGGGGCCCCACUCCAGCCUCCUACGCUACAGCCAGCACUCCUGCUGGCCCUGCCUUUCCUGUGCAAGUGAAGGUGGCGCAGCCAGUGAGAGGCUGUGGCCCUCCAAGGGGGGGACCCUCUCAGGCCUCAGGGCCCCUGCUGGGCCCCCACUUUCCUCUCCCAGGCCGAGGUGACGUCUGGGGGCCUGGCUACAGGAGCCACCGAGAGCCAGGGCUUGGGAGUAAAGAGGAGGUUGCUGGGAGCUCCAGUCCUCUAGGAGGAGGAAGAGGAAGUGGGUACGGGCACCAGGGUCCCCUGAGCCAGCCUCCUGAGGAGGAGCUCGAGAGACUGACCAAGAAGCUGGUGCAUGACAUGAGCCACCUGCCCAGUGGGGAGUACUUCGGCCGAUGUGGGGGCUGUGGAGAAGACGUGGUUGGGGAUGGGGCCGGGGUUGUCGCCCUGGACCGCGUCUUCCACGUUGGCUGCUUUGUGUGUUCUACGUGCCGUGCCCAGCUUCGGGGCCAACAUUUCUAUGCCGUGGAGAGGAGGGCGUAUUGUGAGAGCUGCUAUGUGGCCACCUUGGAGAAGUGCUCCACGUGCUCUCAACCCAUCCUGGACCGGAUCCUUCGGGCUAUGGGGAAGGCCUACCACCCUGGCUGCUUCACCUGUGUGGUGUGCCACCGCGGACUGGAUGGCAUUCCUUUCACGGUGGAUGCCACCAGCCAGAUCCACUGCAUUGAGGACUUCCACAGGAAGUUUGCUCCACGAUGUUCAGUGUGUGGUGGGGCCAUCAUGCCUGAGCCAGGUCAGGAGGAGACUGUGCGAAUUGUUGCUCUGGAUCGCAGUUUUCACAUUGGCUGUUACAAGUGUGAGGAGUGUGGGUUGCUGCUCUCCUCUGAGGGUGAAUGUCAGGGCUGCUACCCCCUUGAUGGGCACAUCUUGUGCAAGGCCUGCAGUGCCUGGCGUAUCCAGGAGCUCUCAGCCACCGUCACCACUGACUGCUGAGUCUUCCCAGAAGCACCUGCUGCAUUCUCCCUUCCCAUCUACCACCUUCCUUGACAUCUACUUUUACAACUCUGCCACCAAAUACUGUCUCCUCUUCCUCCAAUCAUGAAAUAAUAAUCUCUCAAGAGUUUACAAGACACUUUCAAGUCUAUUGUCUCAUCUGAUUCUCACAGCAGCCCAACGAGGCAUAACUGUUGUGACUGUCUGCAUUUUUAGCUGAGAAGUGACUUCCCUAGACUGCAUGGUUCCCAAGUGGCAGAAUCUAGGUCUUCUUAGCUCUAUUUUAAAAAAAUGUUUUUAUUGAUUUUAGCGAGGAAGGGAUAGGUAUGGAGAGAAACAUCGAUGGGCUGCCUCUUGCAUGCCACCUACUGGGGAUUGAGCCUGAAACCUGGGCAUGUGCCUUGACCAGGAAUCCAGCCAGUGACCUCUUGGUUCAUGGGUUGACACUCAACCACUGAGCCACACCAGCUGGACCCUGGUCCAAUUUUUUGCAACUCCGCUACAGUCGGCCCUCUAUAUCUCUGGGUUCAAUCAACUGAGGAUAGAAACUAUUCAGAAAAAAAGUUACAUUUAGCCUGGUUGGCGUGGCUCAGUGGUUGAGCAUCAACCUAUGAAUCAGGAGGUCAUGGUUCGAUUCCUGUUCAGGGUACAUGCCCAGGUUUCAGGCUCGAUCCCCAGUGUGGGUAUACAGGAGGCAACCAAUUAAUGAUUCUCUCUCAUCUUUGAUGUUUCUAUUUCUCUUUCCCUCUCCCUUUCUCUCUGAAAUCAAUAAAAUAUAUUUUUAAAAACAGUUACAUUUAGCUAACGUGUACUAUGUGGUUAGGGCUACCAUGGUUGCAUCUGGUACUGAACAUGUAGAGUUUUUCCCCUUGAUAUUAUUCCCUAAAUAGUAU